GGCCCGGCCCGGUUGCUGCUGCCGCCGCCGCCGCCACUUCUGCUCCGGUUUCCCUUGCGGGUCCGUCCACCGCUUCGCGUCCGCAUGGCGUCCGACUCCGACACCGAGGAGCUCUUCUACGACGCGCCCGAGGAUGUCGCCCAGCACGGAGGGAGCCCCUCGGCGUGAGUUAGGGAGGGAGGGAGGGAGGCGCCGCCUCGGGAGUACGCACGAUCCGGAUCGACUCCGGAUCAGAGCCUCGAUUAAGAUGAAGCACGCUGAAGAAGCUGCCUGCCCCGCCAGAGACCCCCCCAGCUCCUUUCUGUCCCUGCUUAAUGGGGUUGCGUGGCGGGCGGGUAGCGGAGCAGGAGGGCGCACCUUUAAUUCGGAUUACGGCGAAGCGUUGCCUCUUCGCCCAGGCAGCUCUCCCAUUCUACUGUUCCUGCCUCUCCCGCCCACCUCCCUUUUCCUCCCCCUUGCAGCAGGGAAAGGGGGUGGUGGUACUGCACGCCCCGAAGCAAGCCUAAUCCGAAUCGAAGCCUUAAUUCGGAUUGCACCGAGCUGCUGCCCGUGGCCAGCCUGCUCUCCUCUCUUCUCUCGCCAUCCCCUUCUUUAUAGUCUGGCUCUCAAAGGGAGACCAAGGCGUGAACCCGACAAGCCUAAUUCGGAUUUAAACUUCAGUGCAGAUUGCACUAAACUGCUGCCAUUGAGCAGCCAGCUCUCCUCCCUCUCGCCCCCCCCCCCCCGCCAUUAGGUAUUUGCUGCGUUGCUCUCCCUUUUCCUUUUGCAUCCUUCCAGCACCGUUCCUGCCACCUCUCCCCCCUGGUUCUCCUGUUUGCACCUGUCCCUGCAACUGCAGCCCACCAGCACCCGAAAACCCAAAUGUAAAUAGAAGUGAACUGUAGAGUUGAUUUAGGCAGGUAAAAACUUCAGACCAAUAACCCCCCCUCCCACAAAACUCCCAGCAGCUGGUUCAGCCAGCUCUUCCUCCUGGCUCUCUUCCUUUUUAUUUAUUUACUGCAUCCCACCUUUCCCUCCCAGGAGCUUGAUGUAGUGUACAUGGUUGUCCUCCUCCUCAUUUGAUCCCCACAACAGUCCUGCUACGUAGGUUAGGCGGAGAGGCAGCGACAGCAACAAGGCCACCCAGUGAGCUUCAUGGCCCAAUGCAACGUUUAAACACUGGUCUCCCACCACUGCCUCUUGGCUUCUUCAAACCUCUUCCUUACCUGCCCCCCAAUUCAUUGUCCUGCCUCCCUGUCCUUGCUCAACACAACCUCAUGUCACCCCCUUGGCCAGGUGGAUCCAUGUUCUCUUAGCAUCAUAUUCUGUCCCAGGCAUCCUGGGUCCAUGGCAACCCCAUCUCCCUCCCUUCUGAGCUGCUUUUUCCUGAUUCGUGCCUUGGUGGACAUGGCAGUCUAGCUCAUGCCCCAGAGCUGGUGCUCCUUUUUUCUGCCUUGUCCUUUUUAUGAAGCUGCCUCCCUCCUUUUUCAAGCUUCCCUCUGUGUGUGUGGUGUUCUGCUGCACUCUUUGCUGAUUUGAGUUCCCAGUUUUCCUAUCAAGGGGAUGGCUGUGAGCUGGUCCAAGCAAGAAGGUUGCUAUCCUUGCUGCAUGCUGCCCUUCUGGCACCCAGCUGUCAGGAAAAACAAAGCACACAAAUCGCUGUCAUUCUUCCUCUUCCGUUUUCUUAGCAGCAAGCCAAUUGUAAGAGAAGGGUUGGGUCAAAAAUCCCCUGUUCCUGAAAGGGGGUGUGAUACUUUGGUAGGCAACAUGUUAGAGCUGGGUGCUCAGCAGUCUGGCAGGUGGAUUGUUUUGUGGGCCUGGUGGUGCUGCUGUUUGCCAGCAGCUUCUCUGCCUGCAGAUGGUGCAGAUUGGGGUGGGUGAGUUUGGUCUCUAGUUGCGGGAUGGGUGUUGACACAGAUGCAGGUCACGCACACCAGGACUGUCGUGUUGGCAAAGUUUGAAAUGUUCCAGGCAGUGUAAACACCACACUUCACUUGGGACUGCUGUUGUCACUGUCGUGCUCUCCCUUCUGGUUCCAUUUCUGAGGAGGGAGUGUUCACUUCCAUGAAUCAGAUCUCCCUUCUGGGGAAAAUCCUGAAGUCAGCAGAUUUGUUUGCCAAUGAAGGAGUUGUUCUUUAAAAAAUAAAAACACAACAACGAAUUGCAUUUUUCAGUGCAGAACACACCCCUUCCUGCAUUCUUUACAAGCCUACUUUUCCUGCAACAGUUACUCUGACUAUGGGCUCUCUUCCUCUACCCCUCCUCCAUCCCAGGCUAGCUCUGUGAGUUGUAGGUGCUCUGCAACCGGUUGUCUCCUCUGUCCUGCAGAGGUGCAGUUCUGUGGCUAACAGAGUCUGUAACCUGAAGCCUAUGUAACCUGAAGCCUAUGAAACCCGAGGUACCACUGUAUAGGUCUAUCUUCAGCUCUUCCCAUCUGGAGUUCAAAACAUCUAGAGGGCUCCAGGUUGCUGAAGGCUCUGCUUAGGUCUUAGAAGCAUCAGUGCAGGAAGUAACAGGUGGACUUAGAAUUUCCAUUGCUGCUUAAGAUUAAAGGAGGGAGCAAACUUUAAAGUGGGCAGUUUCUUGGCGGGUUCAAGGAUUUGGAAGUGACCAGUUCCCUCCCCACAAUAACAUCAGCCUGUUUUACUGCAGCGUGUGAGUGUGUGUCUAAAACGAAUGCAGAAUCAAACUUCAUAGAUAAACUGUCUGUUUUCUGAUAAAACAGUUGGAUGCUUUCAUGCUCUGGUGUAGUUUAUAAUUCUGGGUUUUGAGGAGCAGCCCCCCAGUAACAUAGCAUAGCAGCUAUUCUGUGGCUGCUUGUAGUAUUCUAUCUUUCUGUUUUUCACCAGCUGCAGACCUUAACCUUUCUUCACGUUAUAUUUCUGCCUCACUUUUCAGCCAAGACUGGCGCUCAAAGCUGCUGACAAUUUAAACGUGUGCAGAACACAAAGUAUAAGUGAAGAUGUUUACAGAAGCCUCUUCUGCUUCCUGGUAGCUGGUGUUAUGGUACAAUUCUCAGACACUUCUCUCUUGAUCAGCUUUCCCUGGCCCAUAUGUUUUGAACUACAGAUCCUAUCAGCUGUGUUGGCUGGGGCUGAUGGAGUUUGCAAAAUUUCUGGAAAGCACCAGGCUGGGAAGUCUGAUCCAGAGGACCGUAAGUUGCUGCAGGAGCUGGUUGAUGAAAAAGAUACCAGCCAUGGAAUCAGCCUUUCCAUGGACCCGUGGAUCUGCCUUGUACUGAGUCAGGUCAUUAAUACAUCUAGCUCAAUAUUGUGUUUGCUAACUGGAUGUAGUUUUCUAGAGAGGCUGUGAAAUGAACACUGCUGCUGUACCACUGAUUUGGGGCCCCUUCCUCAUGGGCGAGUUCCAAGCUAUUCCUCCAGAGGCAGAAGGAACUGUUGAUGGACUUUAGUGAUUGGUUGGUGACCAGUAUGCCAACCCAGAUGACUAGAUCUUGUGAGUGAUCCACAGAGUCUUCUAGUGGUUGGUGGCAUUGUACAAGUUCCAGGAGGUGGAGAAUGGCUCAAGGCGAAAGUCCCAGUCCACAGUUCUUUCUGGUUGUCUUUGUUUGGAGUAGACUGUGCUUGUAAAAAGCCAUGGACUCUGGGUGAUCACGUAAAAAGAUUUUGGGUUUGCCUGGUGUGUGUUUCUAAGCAGAAGAAAGUUGGGUGUUCUGCUUUCAGGUUGUCAAAUAAUCUAAAGUAGGUACACAUAGACAAAUAUUCAAAUAACAGGGUUUUUUCUGGGAUAAAAGUGAUUUAUGGACCUGUUUGGAGUGCUGGAGUAGUCACGCAGAAAUAGUCCAUUUGGUGACAAGAGAAAGGCUGCAGGCUUAAUUACCCUCCUUCAUCAGUUGAUAUUUUUUAAGUCAGCCAGUUGCCUAGAAAAAGAGAGAGGGUGGAGGGACUGUUUUGCUCUUAAAUUUCACAUUUCAUGCUGUGUGUUUAGCAAAGUGCAUUAAGGUUUGUUUGUAUUGCUGAUUAAAAACUGCUGUCGCUGCAGUCUUUUUGGAAGGCCCAGGUCUCCAACUCUUUAUUUCAGAUUUAAAAAACAAAACAAAACACUGGCAAGCUGUUAAUAAGUUCAGGGCAGGGCGAGAGAGGCUGCUUCAGGUCUCUCCCCCCCCUUCAUGUUGAUUAUGAAUAAUGAUUAAUUUACCAUUCCUGUUCUUGAUUGCAUGACAUCAAACAGAUACAUCAAAUACCGCAUUUUUCACUCUAUAAGACGCACCAGACCAUAAGACGCACCUAGUUUUUGGAGGAGGAAAACAAGAAAAAAAAUAUUCUGAAUCACAGAAGCCAGAACAGCAAGAGGGAUCUGGCUUCUGGGAUAGCCUCUUGCUGUCCUGGCUUGUGGGAUAGCCGCGCACAGCCUCUCCUGGGCAGCGGGAGGAAGGCUCCCGCAAGAGCCGCGCUCCCUUUAAAGAGCGUGUGGAGCACGUGUGCGGCUCUCUAAAGAGAGCACUGAGCAAAGCCUCCCGCCUGCAUUUGCUCCAUAAGACGCACACACAUUUCCCCUUACUUUUUCGGAGGGGAAAAGUGUGUCUUAUAGAGUGAAAAAUACAGUAGUUACUGUGGAUCCUGAAUGGCAUUUUGAGAAGGCCUUGAGGUUUUGCAUUGUGCAUGAGAUUUGCUGGUUUUAAGAAAGGAGGGAGCUCCCCCACUAUUUGCUCCCCUUAAUAAUAUGUGACAGGAGCAGAGGGUGGAGGAAGAUGGAAAGGUAGAGCCCACUGGGCUUACUGGCAUAAGAGGUGCGAGAGGUUCAUGUCCCUACUCAGUGUGGCCGGGGGACUGUUUCAGCAUUGGCUUCCUUGGAUUAAUGGUUCCAUUUAUUUGCAGGUUGCUUUUCUAUUGUGAACAGUAUUCAAGGUGGCUAACAAAUGAAGCAGUAGCUUGGAAACAUGUUGGCCUACAAAUAGAGUGGCAGUAAGAUGGUUUGUAGGAGCACCUGCUCUGCUGCAGGUUCCCCAAAGGCCCCAAGUUUCAAUGCUUUUCAUCUCCAGCCAAAAACAUCUUGGUGGCUGGGAUGGGCCUCUGUGGAAGAGCUGCUGCCAGUCAGAGUAGUCUUAUACUAGGCUAGAGGCACCUGUGGUUUAGAUCAGCAGAACAGAACAAAGUACUCGUGGCAAGCCUGCCCAAAGGCCCAGGAUAUAUAUUUCUAGCCAGCAGCCUAUGGGCUGCUGCAGCAUUGAGGGCCGUGAACCAGGAAGUCUGUGCUGCAGAGGAAAGGUUGCAGCAUUUAAGGAGUUUUUAGUUUAGAGAGAAGGUGAGUAGGAGGUGACAUGAUAGAAGCUUACAGAAUUAUGCAUGGCAUGGAGAGAAUGGAUAAAGAAUUUUUUUCCUCCCUCUCCCAUAGCACUGGAAUUCGUGGACAUCCAGUGAGGCAGAAAGUUGGAAGAUUCAGGACAGAUUUUUUAAAAAAUGACUUAUUCAUGCAGCACAUAGUUCAGCCAUGGAACUCUCACAGAAGGCAGUGAUGGCCAGAGGAUUGGACAGAUUCAUGGAGCAUGAGGCUGGAUCAGUGAGUAUGCCCUGCCUCCACUGUUGGAAGCAGCAAUGCUUCUGAUUACCAGCUGCUGGAAACCACAGGAAGGGAGACUUGCUGUCAUGGUCAGCCACUGUGAGAACAGGAGGCUGGACUAGAUGGGGCAUCCAUCAGGGCUCCUCUUACACUCUUAGGAACAAGUUUGGCUCUUCAGACCUCAAUAGCAGUGCACCACUGAGUGUGGGGUCUUUAGCAAAGCAAGCUGUCCACUUUGGGGGACUUGCAUUUUGUCUCUCUCUUUUCCCAGCCUUCCAAGGAUGAGUCCCCUUUCCCUUAAUUCUUUUAGUUCCAAAAAGCACUCUGCAAAGAACCAGCUAUUUAAGCAACUCCUAUUCCACCCCCUGUUAAGGUUUGCUGUGCACUACAAACGUCAGAGGCAGUUUUAAUUUGGCUAUUAUGUGUAACAUUCCAGACAUCAAACAAGGCUUCUGAUCAAAAGUUUGCUGUCUAGCUUUGUAUCUAAGUCUGGAGAGUGCCUCUGUGUUUGUGUGUGUAUGUAUGUGGUGCGUCAGCCUCAGUUGCUGAAAGGUGGUCACUGUCUCUAACAAGGCCCCGGGGCUGCCAUGUACUGGCUAGAGAGGCAUUGUCUGAUUAAAUUGUUACGUAUUUUAUAAUGUUGCUCACCCUAACAAUAAUCUCUAAGUAGUUUACCUAUGCAGUAUUGCAAAAUCUUUAUUUGUCAAUUUACCUUGAAAUUAAGAUGGGGGGGGCGUGCAUUGCACUGUAAUAACAUGCUAAUAAUAAUAAUAAUAACAGUAAUAAUUUAUUUAUACCCCGCCCAUCUGGCUGAGUUUCCCCAGCUACUCUGGGCAGCUCCCAAUCGAGUGUUAAAAACAGUACAGCAUUAAAUAUUAAAAACUUCCCUAAACAGGGCUGCCUUCAGAUGUCUUUUAAAGAUAGGAUAGCUGCUUAUUUCCUUCACAUCUGAAGGGAGGCUGUUCCACAGGAUGGCCGCCACUACCGAGAAGGCCCUCUGCCUGGUUCCCUGUAACUUGGCUUCUCGCAGUGAGGGAACCACCAGAAGGCCCUUGGUGCUGGAGCUCAGUGUCCGGGCAGAACGAUGGAGUUGGAGACGCUCCUUCAGGUAUAUAGGACCGAGGCUGUUUAGGGUUUUAAAGGUCAGCACCAACACUUUGAAUUGUGCUCGGAAACGUACUGGGAGCCAAUGCAAAUCUCUUAGGACUGGUGUUAUGUGGUCCCGGUGGCCAUUCCCAGUCCCCAGUCUAGCUGCCGCAUUCUGGAUUAAUUGCAGUUUCCGGGUCACCUUCAAAGGUGGCCCCACAUAGAGUGCAUUGCUGUAGUCCAAGCAAGAGAUAACUAGAGUAUGCACCACUCUGGCGAGACAGUCUACGGGCAGGUAGGGUCUUAGCCUAUGUACCAGAUGGAGCUGGUAGACAGCCGCCCUGAACACGGAUUUGACCUGUGCCUCCAUGGACAGCUGUGAGUCCAAAAUGACUCCCAGGCUGCACACCUGGUCCUUCAGGGACACAGUUACCCCAUUCAGGACCAGGGAAUCCCCCACACCCGCCCUCCCCCUGUCCCAUAUAAUACUGUGUUCCAUUCCACACUUUUUUUCAAAGUACUCUUUUUAAAUGUUCUCAACUUGUGCUCCAGAUAAAAUUAGAUUAAGUAAAGGGGAAAAUGGUCAGAGAGCAAGGUAGCUAUGGAUGAUAAGCCUUUGCAAUUCACUUGCGUAAUAAAAAAUAUUGUUCUUUGGAUGAGCUGAGUGCUUUCUUCUGAGCAUUUUGGGGGGGGGGGGUGCAAAAUCUGUCUGCCAGACAAAUCAGUUGCUUGAACAUUUACCCAUGUGCUGUGCUGCUAAGAACACUAUUUAGUGUUCGCUGGGCUGUUGCAUGUGGUUCGCUGGGCUUAAAGCAUGAUUUAUAAAAUUUAAAAAUAAGUUAAAGAUGGGUGAAAGGAGCCCUACUUCUAUGUAGAAUGUUCAGGCCUUUGUGGCAAGGGAGAGGGGUGUCUCCACAUCCUCCCUGUGUUCUGUCUUUCCCUCGUGCAAGCAUUCUCUCUGCUUCUGCUUGCCAGAUCGCUUCAGAGCUGUUCCUUCCUGAAUCCUGUCUGACCACCUUGCUGGCUUGCAAACAACCAGUGGGAUCUUUGGCUUUCAAGAGGUUGCUGAACUACAGCUCCCAUCAGCCAAUGGGUGGGAGUUGUAGUUCAGCAACAACUGGAGGGCCAAAGCUUUCCCACACCUGGGCCAUAAGCCUGAGAAGAGGCCACCCCAUGAGCACACCCAGUCAUGCCUCCACAGCUUAGGCCAUCUCUCUCUCUCCCUCUUUUUGCUUUCUCUUUCUCUCUCAGCUGAGGCAGCCUUGGGAAGUGUUUGUGCAUUUGAGGGGGAUGUGAGGGUGGCCUUUGGAUUGCUUGUUGGCCCAGAUUGGGGCGCUCUCCUUAGACUCCUUAGCUUUGCUCCGUUUAUGCAAACAGGAAAUGUAGCUCCUGGUGGUGCCUUCCCAUUUUGACCUCAAAACUUUUGCUGAUCUUGGUGGAAUCAGUGAUGCUGGUUGCAAACCGUACCUUUGACAACAGAAGAUGAAGAAGAAAGAAUGGCAGUGAGUGAGGUCUGCUCUAGAGUGCAACAACAGGUGAUCAGCACUACUUCACCCUGCAGGUGGAGAGGCACAGUUUUUGAAUGCUCACCCACUGUAUGCAUGGCGGUGGGGCAGGGAGAGAACACAUCAGGAAGAGAGAGGUUCUAGCUCACCCUGUUUACUGAUGUGCUAGUUUUCUACUUGCCGAGAGUGUUUUACAUAAGAGAGAAUUCAAAAAUGUGAUUAUGUGUACCUGCAUUCUGAAGAGGUCUAUUCUACUGUAUGUGUGGAGCAGAGGCAGACUCCUUCCUUCCUUCCUUCCUUCCUUCCUUUCUUUCUUUCUUUCUUUCUUUCUUUCUUUCUUUCUCUGUCUUUGGUGUAGCCAAUGUGAUUCCCUCCAGGUGUUCCUGUCAUCCAUGCUAGCUGGGACUGGUGGGAACACAGAAAGCUACCUUCUGCUGAGCCAGACCAUUGGGGCAUCUAGCUCAGCAUCGUUGACUCUCAGCAGCUCUCCAGGGUUUCAGGCAGGGCAACUCUCCCAACCCUACUUGGAGAUGCUGGGGAUUGAACCCACAACCUUCUGCAUGCCAAGCAGGUGCUCUACCACUGAGCUGUGGCCCUUCCUCUGAACUCCCUAUGGGAAUUGGAGUCCAACAUCUGGAGGGCAACACAUUAGCUACCUCUUCUACCUAGGACCCUCGUACCUACGGGACCGCCUCUCCUGGUCUGCCCCACGGAGGACCUAAGGCCCACAAAUAACAACACUUUGGAGGUCCCAAGCCACAAGGUGAUUAGAUUGGUCUCAACUAGGGCCAGGGCCUUUUCAGUACUGGCCCCGACUUGGUGGAACGCUCUGUCACAAGAGACCAGGGCCCUGUAGGACUUGACAUCUUUCCGCAGGGCCUGCAAGACAGAGCUGUUCUGCCUGGCCUUUGGUUUGGACUCAGUCUGACCCUUAUGUUUCCCUCCCCUUAUGGUUUUGAUCUAUGGGCUAUUAUUAAAAUGAGGCUGCAUUUUAAAUUGUAUUUUGACCCAUAUUUUAAUAAAUUAACCCCCCCAUUAUGUUUUAUGGUAAUUUUAUUGAUGUUAGCUGCCCUGAGCCCGGGGAGGGUGGGGUAUAAAUAAAAAUUAUUAUUAUUCAGCCAAUUACCAUCAUUUAAAAUAUAAUAAUAAAUAGAUGAAUAUUAGAAUAAAUGGUGCAUAAUAUUCUCAGGCCAGCUUCAGGAGGUGGUGGGCAGGAGCUCCCUGGUCUGCUCAGCUUUGUGACGGCCCCUGUCCAAAGCCAGUUUCCAGUUUCAGCUCUGUGUGAUGGUUGUUUUACUUCCACCUUCUCAAUUAACAUAGAAUCAUAGAAUUGUAGAGUUGGAAGGCAAUGCAGGAAUCUCAACUAGAUCAGACAUGACAAAUGGCCACCCAGCCUCUGCUUAGAGGCUAGGAGAGUCCACUAAGAGUCCAUCACCUUUCCAUUGUUGAACAACUCUUACUGACAGAAAGGUCUUCCUGAUAUUCAGUCAGAAUCUCCUUCCUUUUAACUUGGUUCGAGUCCAGCCCUCUGGAGCAGGAGAAAACAAGCUUGCUCCAUCCUCCGUGUGACAGCCCUUGAGAUAUUUGAAAAUGGCUUGAACUUGAUUCCCUCCAGAUGUUGUUGGACUCCAGCUGCCAUCAGCCCCAGCCAGCAUGGUCAAGUGGUCUAGGAUGAUGGGAAAGACUGCAGUCCAGCAAGAUCUGCAGGAAACCAUCAGCUUUUUUAAAGAUUCUCAUCUUUCACAUCCACCUUGCUGUUCAGAACUGGAAUCUCUGCUAAUUUUAGCUGCAGUAUUGGAGUGCGGUAAACAAAAUUGCUGCCCCAAAGCUCUUUAGGGACCCCCCCCCUAUUUCUUCUUCCCUUCAACUGCUGGCUUUGUGGUGCUGCAUAGUCGAACCCUCUUAUUACAAGGUUUUUGUGGUGAAUGAGCAGUUCCUUCAGGCCCUCAAAUGCAGCCAUCUGCUGUUCAAGUCAACCUGCCAGCUCCUAGGACUGCUCAGGAACAUCUGCCCCAUAGCAGUCUCAUUGAGGGCGCCGAGUGUGUGUUUUGUUGUCUUAAAUCUGUGUUUUAGACAGAGAUACAUUAUGUAAGAUUUUAAACACAAAGCACUUUGACAAAGAUAAUUUCUUGCAAAAUGUAAGGGUUGCCCUUAAUACAUUAUCGGUGUCGUGGUUAGAGUGUCUGGCUAGGAGCUGGGAGACCAAAGUUCAAAUCCCCACUCUGCCACGAAACUCACUGGGUAGCCUUGGACCAGUCACUGCCUCUCAGUUACUAGCCCACCUCACAAGCUUGUUGUGGGGAUUAAAUAAGAAAGCAGGAGAGGCAUGUACACCACCUCCUCUUUGAAGAAAAUUGUGUGAUAGGAUUUUCUGUUCCUCUCCAAAUGUAUUGCUUGCCCAUCUUCACAUGCACAUGUGAUUCUAUUCAUGAUAGCCAGGUCCCAUAAAUUUGAUAAACUGUUUUUUAAAAUAUAAAUAUUUCCAAUAUCUUUUUGCAAAUUAACAUUUUUGCUGCUACACAAUAACUACUCCUCUUUCCUUUGAAGCUUGUUGCCUUCAAAUAUGUUAAUAGCCUGUCCUUAGAUUGCAAAUAUGUUGGAAAAGCCUCUCUAAGUUUCAGUGUAUUUCUUAAUUGUGCACAAAGUCUAUAACCAGGACUUUCCCCCCUCCCUCCAGGCUUCUAAUGUAAGUCCACCAGCUGGGAAUAAAGCUGCCUGUCUCCUAACUGCACUUCCAACAUACUUCAGUGAUACUGCUAUAAAUUAGGCAGAGAGUCUGCUUCCUGUAUUUAGACAGAGAAGCAGCAACAUAGAGGUGGAUGGGGGGAACACUUUUAAGAAAUGACCCUGAUGCAGCCUUCCUCAACCUAGUGCCCUCCAGAUGUUUGGAGCCUUCAACUCCCCAUCAGUCUCACUCAGCACAACCAUGGGGAAGACAAGAAAGUGAAUAGAUCUUAGGCGAUGAUCUUAGGCGAUCAUUCUGAAGAACAGUCACUCUGCAUCAUCCACCUUGCCCAGUAUUCUAUUUCCGUUAGUGCCCAUCUCCAAAUGCUUUAGAGCAGCCUUCACCAACCUGGUGCCCUCCAGAGGUUUUGGACUUACGUGUGUGUGCGCGCACGCACACACACACACACACACACACACAUAGAGAAGGGAGUUGGUCUUUCAAAACUUAGAACAUGAGAACAUAACCCUUCUUAUCAAACAGGUUCCCCUGCCCAUCCCCUUCACCCAAACCACAGAUUCCUAAGGGAAGACAUGGUUCCAGAGUUUCAGAUGUGAAUCUGGUGGAGGCCACUGUAAUUGCAGAAGUGGCCUUUGACAGCCAGGACCACUGAUCCUGUGCAAGGUUUGAGUGCCUUGCUGUAGCUUCAGGACUGUGAACUUACCAAGAAUUGUCAAAUUGUGUGUUCCCACUACUCCCCAAGCCCUCCAGAACUGAGGGAGGGAGGAAAGUAUGGCUGGCUGCAGAAAAAGAAGGAGCUGCAAGGGAUUUGGCAUAUCUGGCAUGGGCGGUGACUGCUGCCCUCGAUGUUUGUCCAGGGAAGGGCCUUAGUUCUGUGGUAGAGCCCAGGCUUUGCAUGCAUAAGUCCCCAGAUCCGACCCUUGGCAUCGCCUGCAGCUUAAGAAAAGGAAAGGGUGAUGCGUGAGGCUCUGUCUGAAACGAGAGAGGAGCAGAUGAGUCUUCUUUCCCAUCCAAGUCACUCAUGCACAUGUUCAUUCAUCACUCUGUCUCGUCCCACUUCUGUUUCUAUUUGAGAUUAAAAACAACAACCCCACACCAAAAUGGAGAAAUGUAUGUAUGCAGCAUCCCAUGGUUGCAAGGCAUUGCAAGGGCUGCCUUUGAAGUUUCCCAGUCCCUUUCACCCCUCGCCCAAAGGGAAUAAUUGAUCCAAGUGGCUAGAAACCUCCUGCUACACAGGUGUGGGUUCACACAGGUGUGCCCCUACUGGUGAUGCAACAUGAUGACAUCACAUCCCUUCCUGUGGUACAAGAAGAGGGAAAGAUGGGACCAAGGGGGCAGCCAUCCUUUCCCUCCCCAAUACUGCAUUCCUGGAAGGGGCAGCGGACAGGCAUUUCUCAUCACACCCCCCCCCAAGGAAUUUGUGGCCCAGUUUCGAGCAUCUGUGGUGAUUGGUGGCAGCAGCAGGGCUCUAGCUGAUUGGACUGUUACCUUUGGUGCAGAGAAAGACUGGAAAACAUUGGGCACCUCUCGCUUCACCUCAUACUGAAAACAUUUUUGCAGACAUUUGGAGGAGUGCAAAAUCCAGACCAUAACUGUUACAACCUGUGCAUUAUCCCAGGAGGUAUAGGUCAGUUAGCUUUAUAUGAUUCCUCUAGAGAAGCCCUGCCAGCCUGAAUGCAACAGCACUGUGCAACUUGAGCCCGUGUGUGCUGGCUAAAGUCUACAUAUUAGAUUUUCAUGGCCCAUUUCUGAGCAGGGGCUCUGGACACCUGCUUCUCUGACCACGCCCUCAGCAUGGAGCAUAGAACCAUUCAGUUUGAGCAGGCCUCUGAGAAUAGCUGCUGUGGCUCACUAAAAAUAGCAUUUUUUCACUCUUGCUGCCACAAAGGAAAACCUGAAAUAGUUUGUGUUGUGGGAGACACAGGAGGGCUGGAUGACAGGGCAUGAGCACAAUGGCCACCUCAUCCUCCCUGGGGCCCCCUGUCUCCUCCAUGCACCCCUCUUCCUCUGUGGGCCUCCUUUGCUCCCAUUUUCUUAAGCUACAGAAAUCUGUGGUCCCCCAAAGUGUUGCCUUUGUCCAGUAGUCUGGUUUCUAAGCACACCCUACCCCUCCCUCUUGCCUUUCUUUGCAGACAAGCCUUGUCAAGAGUUCAAGAUAUGUUUCAAUCGGCGGGGGGGGGGCAUUCAAGGACGGUGUGAAGCUGUGGUGGUGAAGGGUGGACCUGGGGGAUUGUCCCACGGGUGAAACAGAGGGUUUUCUACCACCAAACCUGAGGGGAUAGCUUUCCUUGAAGGAGAAACUUAUAAAAAUAUUACCCCAGAGAAUGGGGAGAAACUUGCUAGUUAAUUUUUAAACUCUGUUAAAAGGUGUUUAAAUUCUCUCCCCCCCCCCCCAAUCUUAUCUAAGCUUGUCUCUGGGUGUGUUUCUUUUCUUCUCCCUGACAGGUCGCCAACCAAAGUCGUGCAGCCGGUACCGAAGGUGCGUCUCUUUGUGUAAAUGUUUGUCAGAUGUGAGCAGCGUCCCUGAUCUUAGCAGAGAGCAGCCAGGGUCAUCUCAUUCUAAGGACGUCAGACCUGCAGUGCCUAGGUAGACGGUGGAAAAUGGAGAUGGGGGACCAUUUUUCCCCCUCCAGAGUUUUUCUUCACCCGCAGGACUUUGCUCAAAAGCUUUUGCUCCGGGGAGAUUGGAUCUCAAAGUGAAAAAAGCACAGCAAAUCGUUCUGGGUCGCUCUCUGCAUUCUCAUCCAAGAGCCAGGGAAGCAUGGUGUUUUUCUAAAUAGGCAGCGCCCCAUGGUGCUUUUCAAUUUCUUUGUUAAACAAGAAGGAUAUAAACAGUGAAUUUAUGGGUUUGAUUUUUGGGGUGGUGACUGGAAUCUCAUUCUGCACAAUGUGUCCCAGAGGCACAGGUGGCUUUCUGAAUGAGGAUCUGAAUUGGUGGGUGGCACUUGCAACCCACCCACCCUACUCCAGAGACACACCACUGCUGGUACUUAGGUUAUCAAAGUGUGGACAACAGGCUAGGGGGCAGGUUUUAGCCCCGCUGCCCUCCCAAUUUGCCACAUAUUUUGGUCCUUCGGCAGCAUAACCAAAGAACACCCAGGAUUUAAAAGAGAAAGAGAGAGAAGUUUUUAAAAUACAGCUGGAACAGUAGGCUGCAGUCCACUACUGGCUAGUUUCCCAAGAGCCACUUGGCCCCUGCUAGUGACUGUAAAUUUUGGGCAGAAGGCUAGACCAGGGUAGACCCUUGUCUCAUCUGUCAAGGAACUUUUUAUGUUGUUAAGUAAGAGUGCAGAGCAGACGCACGAGUACUUAACACACUAAUAAUAAUAAUAAUAAUAAUAAUAAUAAUAAUAAUAUUUAUAUCCCGCCCUUCCCAGCCGAAGCCGGGCUCAGGGCGGCUAACAACAAUAAAACAGUACAAUAGUACAGCACAAACAACACUCUAAAAUCAUUCAUUAUAAAAUUAAUUAAUUCAAGCCACUGGCAACCAUUGGGCCAGAGCUCCGCGAAGAUUGCCGAGGGAGGGAGUCAGGCUGUGCCCUGGCCAAAGGCCUGGUGGAACAGCUCUGUCUUGCAGGCCCUGCGGAAAGAUGUCAAGUCCCGCAGGGCCCUGGUCUCUUGUGACAGAGUGUUCCACCAGAUCGGGGCCACAGCCGAAAAAGCCCUGGCUCUAGUUGAGGCCAGCCUAACUUCUCUGUGGCCUGGGACCUUCGAGAUGUUUUUAUUUGAAGACCGUAAGUUUCUCUGUGGGGCAUAACAGGAGAGGAGGUCCCGUAGGUACGAGGGUCCUAGGCCGUAUAGGGCUUUAAAGGUUAAAACCAGCACCUUAAACCUGAUCCUGUACUCCACCGGGAGCCAGUGCAGCUGGUAUAGCACCGGGUGAAUGUGAUCUUGCAGCGAAGACCCCGUAAGGAGUCUCGCUGCAGCAUUCUGCACCCGCUGGAGUUUCUGGGUCAGUCUCAAGGGCAGCCCCACAUAGAGCGAGUUACAAUAAUCCAGUCUGGAGGUGACCGUCGCAUGGGUCACAGUGGCUAGGUCAGGGCGAGAGAGACAGACAGCAUCAGCUUUCACUAGCCACAUUGCUCCAGGUGUUCAGAACUACAGCUGUUGUGAGCCCCCGAACAGCAUGGCAAGUGGUCAGGGAUAAUGGGAGUUGUAGCUCAACAACGUUUGGCGGGCACCAAGGUUGGGGGAAGUUGACCUAAAUGCACUUUAGUUUUUAAGAGGUCCCUUGUGUUGCAUAUUUUAGAAUGUAUGAGUGGAGUUCAGGAAUUCUGUUUCAGCAAAAAGAAUGCAAGAAAAGCCUGGAUCAAACCCAAUGGCCCGUCUAGUCCAGUAUUCUCUUUUCUUAGUUGCUAGCUAGAUGCCUCUGGGAAGCCCACAAGCAACAGCAGCUCUCCCCUCUUGUGAUUCCAAGCAACUGGCAUGCAGAGGCAUUCUGUCUUCGGCAGUGGAGGUGGAACAUAAGCCACUGUGGUUAGCAGCCUUGUUCUCCUUCAAUUUGAGAAUACACCACAUAAAGGUUGGGCUUGGUGCAUCCAUUAUAGUGUGGUUGUAGUUAAAAUUCUGCACCCCUCACAACUGAAGCAGAUGACAACAAACCAAGCGCACACUAAGAGUGGUGAGAGCCCACUGAUGAAUGGGCCCAGUUCUUGCAUAAUGUUCAACCAUGGCUCGGGAUCCUUUGGACCUCCAGAUGUUGGGCUCUGAUCAGCAAGCGCUGGUACCACCAAGGGCUCCAGUCCCCAGAGGCCACUUGGAUUGAUGGGCAGGGUGUCGGGAGAUUCAACUUGGAAGGAAAGAAUCAGGAACUAAUUCUUAAGUGCUCUCUUGAUGCUUUUCUUCCUUCCUUUGUUAACCUUGCCUGCAAAGGAACACACACACACACAUACCCCGUUGGCGGCUGCUAUUCAGUCUGUGCCUGUUAUAAACAUGGAGCUUAGAAAUAUGUGCUAGAAAAGUGGAACUUUGCUGUGCUUUGCUUCCCAAGGUAGCCAGAAGCCAGAGGCUUAACUAAGCUUCUGCAGCCUCGUUAGCUGGGUUCCUUCUCUCUGUUCCUCAUCUCCCUUUCUGCUCCCCAACUGCCAGUGUGGUGACAGAAGGGAGUUGAGUGUUCCGGUUUGAAAAGCCUGAGAUUAUGUGAAAGCAGAACUCUAAACUUAGCGCAUGGAGGCAGCACCACUGCUUCCCACACAGGUAAUUAGUAUGCUGCCUCCAAGUACAGUGACAGCACAGCUGAAUCUCUGGCAUUUAUUAAGUAGUAGUAGUAGUAGUAGAAGAAGAAGAGUUUGGAUUUGAUAUCCCGCUUUAUCAGUACCCUAAGGAGUCUCAAAGCAGCUAACAAUCUCCUUUCCCUUCCUUCCCCGCAACAAACACUCUUCAACAAACUUCAGACUAGCCCAAGGUCACCCAGCAGCUGCAGGUGGAGGAGCGGGGAAGUGAACCCAGUUCACCAGAUUACAAGUCUACCACUCCUAACCACUACACCACACCGGCUCUCACAGUAGGCCAGGAGUUAGUACACAUUUGGAGUGGGGAGGGGGGAGAGGAGAGAAGAGAGAAAAUCCUAAAGUGUCUCUGGUUAGAUGGGCUGAAGAUGAUGCUGUGCAGUUUUCUGGGGAAUAAGGACAGUGUUGUCCCAAACUAGCCUUAUGCUGCUGCUGUGCAGGGCCAGCAAUGGAAGGUACAUCUUGGUGUAUACUGGGGUGUUUUAUGCUCACCCCUCAGGUGCUGCUUGUAAAAUAAAUAUUGAAGCAUAAAGUACUUCCUGAAAUAACUUCCAUUGAUGCCAGAGUGUUGCAGGAGCAGAAACAAAAAUCCAGACAACCUCUCUACCACUUGAAACCUGGAUAGUAAAAGACGGGAGCCUUGAAAUACCAUAAAAUGGCCAAGCUGGAAAAACAAAAGGCAUUUUAAACUGGCCCUGAAAGGAGACAAGGACAUAGGUAGCUACAUAGAGCAGCAGAGCAGCUCCCCUAAAGAUAGAGGCCAUGUCAUUGGUCCUCUGUGAAGAGUGACCAGGUUAAUUAUGCCCUUAUCAGGGUUUAUUCAUGCUCUGUUUGCUUUGGGACUGCCUUCAGAUUAUAGGGCACCCAUUUGCAAAGUGCCCUGUGGUGUGUUCCACCCCUUAGCUUGCCUCGCUGCUUGCUUCCUUGGCCAUAGCAGCAUAUGGUCCUGCGAAACUGCCAGCUGCUCCAAUCUUUCUACCCAGCUCUGGAACGACACUGUUUGGCAGUCUGAGGCAUUGUGGGAACAUAAAAAUAGUGGGCAGCUUAACGGCUACUUGCAACAGAAACCCCCGUAGCCAAGGGACUGGGCAUAUUGGUGGGCCCCAUGGCAGGGCUGGUGGGUCUUGCUGGGAUAGCGCCUGGCUGCUGAGGAUGCUGACUACCGUCUCCACAAGGCUGUUACAGCCACCUGUUUUUUGAAAUGGACAGUGGAUGCAAUACAACUCUUUCAUCAGUAUUUGCACAGGGGAAAUAGGGCUUUUAAAAACAAGGUUAGACAAAUUCACGAAACAGGUAUAUCCACACUUGAUUGUUAACUAGAGCCUCCAUUGGCAGAAGUAGUCUACCUGGGAAUGUCGGCCUCUGGGAACAAGCUAUGACAGAGUUGUUGCUUUCAUGUCCUGCUUGUAGACUCAGUGGCUAGUCGCACAUGGGAAAAGGCUGGCAGAUUACAUACAUACAUACCGUGUUUUUCCGUCUAUUGGACGAGGUUUUUUGACUCAAAAAUCAUGUCAAAAAACUGGGGUCAUCCAAUACACAGAUGGUGGCAUGGCGGGGGGGUGGGGAGUGGCGCGGUGCCAGCCAUUUGAUUGGCGGGAGUGUGGCUUCCCCCAAUGCCGCAGGGGGCAAUCUGGGGGGUGUUUCCUGCCCGCAGCUGCGUGGUGGGGAGAAGCUGCACGCCGCCAGCCAGCUCUUUGGAAUGCAAAUUCACCCGAUGCCGCUGCGCAUGGGAAGCACUCCCAGGAUCGUUUCCCGUGUGCGGCGGCAUCGGGGGAGGUUGCGUUCCUGCAAACCGGAUGGCUGGAGGGAGCGCAAAUUCACCCGCUGCUACUGCGCAUGGGAAACGAUCUAGGGAGUGUUUCCUGCCUGCAGCUGCGUGGGGGGAGAGGCUCAACAACUUUUGGCCAUCUCCAUUUUCUUAAAAUUUAGUGCCCCAAAAUUGGGGGGGGGGUCCUUAUACAAGGGGCAUCUUAUAGAUGGAAAAGUAUGGUACAUACAUACAUAAUUUUAUUUGGAUGCUGCCUUUCCAUAUUUCAAACCAUGCUCAGGGUGUUAUGUAAAAAAUGCAUAAUUACAAACAUAACAUACAAACUCCUCUUCUGCUCCUGCAGUGCUGCUCUUAGCUUGCAUAAAAUAAUCAUUGUUUGCUCAUGUGUAUGUAUCCUGAGCUAAUACAAAGCAUCCCUUUGCCCUGUACAUUCUGUGGCCAGUCUGUUUCUGCAUCACCAUGAUGUGCAGCUUCUUGCUGCCUUCUGGAUUAUUUGGGAUUUGACCCUUUUUAUAACAAGUUCUUUCUUACGCUUUAUUUUUCAGGAGCUGACCAGUGGUCAACAGAAAGCAGAAUGUGAAGCAGGAGCUUUGGAAGUCAAGCAAGAGGACCCUAAAGAGGUGUGUUAGGUUGUUGAUGGAAAUCCUGAAGUACAGAUUUUUAAAGAGUCACGUAACAAAUCUUUUGAGCAGUGCUCUGAAAGGCCAUUUAAUUUAAUUUUGGGAGCCUAUUAAUCCUCACAGUUCUCAGCUGUGGGAAUUCGUGGGAAGAAUUAGAGGCAGCAAGUAUUCCAAAGCUGCAGAGUUUGUAAAAACUAAAUUACUUCUUAGUUUGGGGUGUCUUAAUUUGGUAGUAAAGAUGAAAUCAUUAAGCAGUUAACUGUUAUGUGUUCAAUAUGUGCAGAUUUUUAUUAAAAGAUUAAAAGUAAAGUCACCAGUUCACUGUGAUUUGUGUAAUAGAUGUUGUAGAUAAAUGUUAUUUAUUGUCAUUUGGAUUGCAUAUUGUCGUUUGAAGCUUGAAAGACAGUGAUCCUGCCUCCGCAACUGUCUGUGUAUGCCAAGUUCUUCCUUCCUUCUUUUUUUUAAAAGUUGUUUUGAAUCAUUAUUCUCUGCAAAGACCAGUGUCUCCCAAAAUUUUGAUACUUGGGAUUCCGGGAUCCCCUCCCCCAAUUAAAAUAAGGAUGCUGUGAAUCAGGGAUAGGGAGCCUGUGGCAUUCCAGGUGCUAGACUCCAUCUCCCAUCAGCCCCACCUAAUGCAGCCAGCGGACAGGGAUGAUGGGAGUUGUAGUCCAACAACAUAUGGAGGGCAUAGACACAACAUCCCUGCUGUGUUCCCCUCUGAAAACAGGGUGGGCAUUCUGGACCCUGGGUGGGUUUAGAAUAUGGUUCUGUCAGUAGGCUGAGUGGGGAAUCUUUGUUUGCCCACACAAGGGAUGAUCUCACUGUCUAUAUAUUCACAGGGAUUGAGAGCAGGGGCACAAUUAUAUGAUUCUGUUGCCCAGAAAAACACCCCUGCUGUGGACACACAGGAGUGAGUGCAUUCAGUGCGGUGGCUUAGCUAGCUCAGUUCCUUUCGCAGCAUUGCAAGACAUGCCACUGCCACAACCAGGCCACAGUCUCUAUAGGUUACAGCGACAACUGCCUGCCAGCUCCUGCAUGUGACACUUUUGUUUGUUUAGAUAAUUGACAAUAUAAUUGAAGAAAGCCAGAAGGUACAUCAACUUGACUAUGAUCCAUUGGGCUCAUCAGAAAAGGAGCUGUCCGAUUCCCCGUCACAUGCGAACACUUGGAUUUCUGGAGCUGAUGUUCUCCAGCACAUUCCCGAACUCUUGUUUGCGGAAGCAGGGUUGCUACAAGGCCAUGAUGAAGAGCCCCCCUGCCAGGGCCCCCAGGCUGUGGCAAAUGGAAUGGAGCCCAGGCAGGCUUUGCAGACCCAUGAGGGGGCAUUGGAGCAUCGGCAGGGGGAAGGUGAUGCUCGAUCAGUGGAAACCGCAAGUGAGAUCCCAUUGUGGCAAGCAGGAGAAGGCGACAAGGAAUUGAAAAGUGAGGAGGCAGCUGACUCAAGGCCGGCGGAUGUCUUGGAGGCACCUGUGGAUUUCCUUCCUGCCAGAGAUUCAUCCGUGGCUGAUGAGAUGCCUCCUGUGAAACCACCGCGGCAGCUCAACAUAGAGCCAGACAUUGUGGCCAGCACAAAGAAGUCUGGCCCUGCCCGGCCUCCCCCGCCAGCAGGCCUCCCUCCCCCAAGGCCCCCACCCCCUGCUCGGCCUGCCCCACCGCCAAGGAAGAAGAAGAGCGACUUGGAAAUCGAGACACACAAAACACCUGGUCUGGAAGGUAAGUUUUAGUUUUGUUGCAUCCUUGUACCAGACUAAGGGUGGGCUACUUGUUUCCCUAGACAUUGCUGGAUUCCAACUCUGAGUAUUUGCCAUCCUGGCUUUCGGGAUGGGUGAGAACUGGAGUCACAUGAUGGAGGAGUAAAUCUGAUUUAAUUGGUAGAAACUCCUCACCUCUUUAAUGUCUUGCUGUAGUUCCCAGGGAGACUUUUUCAUCUGGUGGCCUCUUACCUCCCAAUGUGUUGUUGGAGUCCAUAGCCAAAGAUUCUCAGCCUUCCUUGGAUCUGGCCAGCGCAACAAGCGGGGACAAAAUCGUCACUGCACAGGUAAAAUGGCACUUGAAAUGUCCAAUUUCCCACUGGAAGUAAUGAUUGAUGCCCAGCGCAACGUGGGAGGGAAAAGGACCCCAAAGCAUGGAUGCAUGAUUGAUCCACAUGCUCCGGAAGAGGAUGGUGGAGUGUAUCUGUUUGGGGGACUGUGGCAUUUCUGAAUGUGAGUGCUGGGUUGUUUCUGGGAAUGCUCCCUGCAAACGAAAAAAUUCCAGUAUGCAAAAACCCAGCAUGUUGUGGGGGGUGGGGUCUAGGCUUGAUUUUUUUCCUGUCUAAUAAUCUACUUUUCACUGAGCAUGGUAUGAGGGAGCAUUCCGAGGCAUGAUUCCCCAUCUGCAUUUGGAUGUGGCGCUGGGUGCUGUUUCUGAAUGGGUCCUUAAAUAUCCAUCUAUGUGAGACACAAGAUGGUUUUUUUGUGAGCUUUUUAGCCAGCUGCUGAUCUUUCAAACUAGUUCUCACCCUCACCAUACAUUUAAACCACAGGGCUUCUCCAAAGAAUCCUGGGAACUCUAGUUUUCCCCUUAUAAACCUACAAUUCCCAGCACUAUUAGCAAACCACAUUUCUCCGGAUUCUCCAAGGGAAGCCAUGUGCUGUAAAUAAGUUGUCUUCAACAUUUUUAGACCCAGGACCCACUUUUAACCCAAGCAUGCAUUUGGGGACCGAUUUCUUAAUCUUUUCCAUACAUUUGAAUGAUGGUUAUGACCCACCUUGGAUCAGGCCACAACCUAUGAAUUGGUCCUGGCCCACCAGUUGAAGACCAAUGCUUUAAAUGAAUGGUACAGAUGUGACCCCAGUUCACAUAAUGGCAGGAGAGAGGGAGUCUGUGGGGAUUCACAGCAAGAAUCACACUUUGCUCCUCCUCUGGUCCUGUGUCUGCGAAUGCUAAGCCCAGGGUUGACAGUGCCAUGUGCAAACCUAGGCUCAUGGUUUGUUUCUGCUGGACAAGCUGUGAGUUAUGUGCCAAGAACAACCUGUGGCUGGUGACUUGUCUGGACUGAAGCAAACCAUGAGCCUCGGGUUCAGAUGUAACAGGAAGACAAAUCAUGGCUUAGCUCUAGGCAGCACUAUGGCAGCAGCAGGACCAGCAGAGAAGCAAAGCAACUGCCGAUUUUGCAGAGAGUAUUUGCAUGCUUGCUCAUUCACACUUAGCCAUUUUUUAGCUUAGCGUUACGUGCAAACUGAGUCAAAUAUUCUCUGUAGAACAGUGUUCUUCAGCCUUUAUCCCCAGCCAGUUUAGCCAGUGGUCAGGGAUGAUGGGAACUCAACAACAUCUGGCGACCUAAGGUUGAGCAACAUUGUGUAACAGAUACCAGGGAGCUACCAUUGGCACCACCAGGGUUUGUUCUUUGCAGGCUGUGCCGAGUCUAGAGUUGAAGCCCACUUGCAAAUCCUACCUUAUGGCUUGGGGACCUUUACUUCUAAUGAAUGAUUACAGUUAGGAACUAAAGAGGUGACCAGUUCUCCCCACCCCCAUUUGUAUAUGUGGGAAGAAAGUGCACCUGCUUCCUGCCCUCUGCAGCAGUCCAUUUGCCAGGCUCAUUUGUGUGUGUGUGCGCGCGUGCACACAUGUUACUAGCAACUAGUGGUAAAGUUUAGAAAAAGAUUUGCCACCUUACAAUGUAUUGUGUAUUUACUCAGAAGUAAAUUUCAUUGUGUUCUGUGGUGCAUCCUCCCUAGUGUGUGAGUUUAGAAUCACAGCAUCUGCAUAUAGAUUGGCUGCAGUUCUUAAAAGCAGGCUACAUGUUUUACUGAUCUUGCUUACGAUGUUGCUCUGCGGAAAGCCUGUUAUAGUCUGGGAUGUGCUUUGACCCAUUUUCCUGCCCUGAAAUGCUCAUGAAACAGUAUGUGUUCUUUCGUUUUUUGCAUGUAAGCAAAUGCCCUUGUGUAAUUGCAGGAAAAUGGAAAGUCGGCGGAUGGACAAACGAUCUCGAGUGAAGUGAUUGGGCCUCAGAGACCCAGGUCUAAUUCCGGCAGGGAGCUCACAGAUGAGGUAUCCUGGAGGGGGUCUGGUGUCAAAACUGUUACUGUCUGCCUAUUUAAACGACUUUCAGGAACUGUGUGUUAAAAUAAAUACAUACGUGCACAGAUCCAAGAGGCCAAAAGCCAUGAGAAGAUGCUGUCUACCAAGUCCAUUGCGGCAACUAGUUUGGUGUUGCCUGGUGCUCUCCAGAUGUUUUGGACUCCCAUCUUGGACAGGGAGUACUCAAGACAACCUAGGAGGGAAAAUACGGAGCUACAGAGCACCUGGGAGAAGAGAGGAAGGGAGGAAGGAAGGAAGGAGAGUGUCCCCAAAUGGCUCGCAGUUCAAUUUUCUAUUGGCAAAGCACAUGCUUAAUGUUGGCUCCUAAGGAGCAGAGCACGUACUCACUUCUGGUGACUGAGUAGCUAGCAUCCCCUCCCCAGGCUAGUGCUCCAUGCACAGUAGGAGCAACAGCAUGACCUCGCCUCCACCCAAGCUUAAGUACCUUUGUCUAACAUUGCACAUGCAGGCAAUCUGCGACUUCUCCCACAGAGAGAUUGCCUCUGUGCCUGUUUCUUCAAGCCUGGUCCUGGGGGACAGUGGAGGAGGGGGCAGAGGGGAUUCUUCUGGGCCCCCUCUGCUCCUGGCACAUCCAGCCCAGGCUCUUCCUCCUCAGGCUCUUCCGCUGCCUUGUGGGUGGCACAUAAAUCAGCGCCUACUUUCCCUGGCUCAGCCUCUGGCCCCAUAGGCCCCCCCCCCCCAACCAGCUCCUCAGUCCCUGCCAGUCCCUGACAUAGUGGAAGGAGCCCUUUAUACUAUAUAAAAAAAAAUCCUUCCAGGAUCUCUUCCCUCCCGUUCCGCUCUCCACAUCCCUCUGCUGUCUCAGUCUUCACUGGGUCUUCCCUCCAGGUCUACAGGCCUAGACUGUCAGUGGGGCAUGUGGGGAGCUGAAUCUUGAUUCUUCUUACUCCGCCUGAGGAGGGAUAGCAGAGAGGGGAGGAAGUGAUGUGGAAGAAGCCUUCAGGCGCAUUCAGCACCAUCAGAAUGCUACCAAAACAUCCUGGUAGCUUGGUAUAAGUAUUCGGUGUGCCUGUUUUGUGUUUUUUUAUGCUGUGAACUGCCCCAAGACCUUUGGAUGAAGGGCAGCACACACAUUUAAUUGAUGAUGACAAAAUGAUAGGCAUAGGCAUGAGGUUGUUUCAUCUCCAGUGCUGGUAUCCAGCUAUCAACUAAGAUCCUUCAUUGAAGGGGUGUUCAUGUGUGUUACAUUGGGGUCCAAUGUGCUUAACAGCAAUUUCUAAGAACUCCAGAGUCUGCUGCUGACGCCAACCUCGUAAAGGGAUUUUACCUCAGGCCACAUUCCCUAAGCCCUCCACUUCAGCCAGAUUCACUCCAGUUACUGGGGGCAAUUGGUCUCUGGUCCCAAAACUUUUCUGGCUGCUUGUACAUUUUAACUAAUUUUCUUUUUGUUAAAAAACCAAAAACAACAACAACGCAAAACCACCCUUGUGUGGCCUUCUUCUUGGGAGACUUCUGUAUAGGCCAGUCCCGUAGCCUAACCCAGCCAUCUGCUCUCUUCUCCCAAGCCUCCCAGUUUUGCACUGGGGAAGAGACACCUCGUUAUCUGAACCUCAAGCUCUCCACUUUCCCCUCAGCCUCCCUCACCAACUGUCUUUCCCAGCGGACAGUUAUUUUUCGCAACGGACAGUUAACUGCUCCUUCUCCACUGACAAGAACCUGUAGCCAAUGAGGGGCCUGCUGUUUCACAGACCAAUCGGAGUGAACCCGCCUGAUCCAGGCCCCACCUAUAAGUAUUAAAAGCGACUGUUGCCCUUUUGGCGCUCUCUCCCUUUUCAGAGCCCAUCAACAAGGAGCUGCUGCUAAGCAGGCCCUGAAGCACAGAUGCCUUUUUCCAAAGCAUGUACACAGACUGCCUUAUGCACAGCAUUUCUCCUCACAAGGUCACACCAAAGGUCUGUCCAGGGCAGCCUUUGGCCCCAGCCAGCAGGGCCAGUGGUCAGGGAUGGUGGGUGCUCAAGGCCAAAGCCGGAGGACAAUCCUAAUGCCCAGGGGUCUGGAUUUCAAGUGCUGCUUGGGUGCAUUGAUAGCAGACCCUAUAUAGCAAUCAACCCCAGGUUUUUUUUGUAGUUGUCUUACUUGUCUUGAUGAGUACAACGCCAGCACUGGGUUCAGUCAACUGUUUUUGCUGCUACCUUCUGUGGUUCCUGUCAUCACGUGCACAAGCCUUGUCCAUUGACCCUUCCUUCUGUCCUGUCUUCCUUUGCAGGAAAUCCUGGCAAGCGUCAUGAUCAAGAAUCUUGACACAGGAGAGGAGAUACCCCUGAGUUUGGCUGAGGAGAAGCUGCCCACGGGCAUCAACCCCCUGACGCUGCACAUCAUGAGGCGGACCAAGGAAUAUGUCAGGUAGAAUUGAGGGCGGCCCCUGGAUGGCGGUGCCUGUUCUGCCUGCCUGCAUUUCUUUAUCAACGUCUCUUCUACGUAUGGGCACAAGUGUUGUUGGAGCCAGUAUCACUAGCAGUCAAGGAUGAUAGGAGUUGUAGUCCAGCAACAUCCGCAGGGCCCCAGAGGUUCUCUCUCAUGAUUUCUGUUGGGUUUGCCUUUGGGGGGAAAACAGCCCAGAAACUUUAGCUGGUCCAGAACUCAGCUUCAAAACAAUUAACUGUCACACACAGAUAUAAAUGUAUCGUUCCAGUCCUUCUCAAGAGCUUCACUGGUUUGUUUCCAGGCACAAUUCACACAGUGGACUACUAAAUGUACCUUAAUGCAUUAAGUGGUCUGGAACCCCUUUGUUUCUGAAGAACUACCAGCUCCCAUGUGAUCCUGCCUAGUUACCGUAUUUUUUGCUCUAUAAGACACACUUUUCCCUUCCUAAAAAGUAAGAGGAAAUGUGUGUGUGUGUUAUGGAGCGAAUGCAGGCGGGAGGCUCUGCUCAGCGUUCCCUUUAAAGAGCCGCGUGGAGUGUGUGUGCGGCUCUUUGAGGCUUUUCCCCGAGGACGAAGAAGAGCUGCCCUUCUCCCUCCUUGGGGAAAAGCCCCCACACACUCCACGCCCUCUUUAAAGGGAGUGCGGCUCUUGGGGGAGCCUUAACUGCGCGCAGCCUCUCCCGGGCACGGGGUGAAGGCUCCCCUUGCUCGGGAGAGACUGCGCAUGGCCAAGCAAGAAGCCAGGACAGCCAGCAGGAUCGCUGCGCUGCGAUCCAGCUGGCUGUUCUAGCUUCUGGCUUAGCCGCGCAAAGCCUCCGCAGGGCAGCAGGGAGCCUUCAUCACGCUGCCCUGCGGAGGCUACGCGCGGCUAUCCCUGGCUUUGGUGGGAGGUGGGGGAAGGGACAGAGUGCACAGCUCUGUCCCUUCCCCCACCUCCCAGAAAAGCCCCCAAGAGCCGCUCUCCCUUUAAAGAGCGCACGGCUCUUGCGGGAGGUGGGGGGAAGCCACUAGGCUUGCUUUCGCUGAAGUCAGGAGGGCAAGAGGGAUCGGUGCACACCGAUCCCGCUUGCUCUCCUGGCUUCAGGGAUAGCCUCGCAAAGCCUCCUGAGUGAAGAUGGAAGCGCGCUCCCUCUUAGCUCAGGAUGCUUUGCGUUGCUUUCUUAUUUCUUGUUUUCCUCGCCUAAAAACUAGGUGCGUCUUAUGGUCCGGUGCGUCUAAAGGAGCGAAAAAUACGUAAGUUUGGCACUGGAGGAUCAAAACUGGCUUGCCCCACUUUCUGAGAGGGUAGGGGGUAGCUGCCAGGAAUCAGUCCUAGUUCAGGGGUGGUCCCGUAGCCAUGGAACUCCUCCCUCCUUUUGUCAUUUCACUUUCUUCUUCUUUUUUUAUUUCACUUUUAAUUUGUAUACCACCUUUCUAUAUUACUAUACCCAAGGCGGUUUACAAGCUGAAGAAGCAGCAAAAUAGACAGCAAAGGUCACACAGGGAGUAACAAUCCGAUCCAAUACAUAAAUGUCACAAUAGCUUUCAAAUAAACAGCUUAUAUCAAAUAAAGCAAUAUUAAAUAAUCCAUUAGAAUGUAAUAGUAAACAGUACAGUGAAAUAUCAGCAAAUAAUAAUUGAAGUUUACACUUAACAAGUAAAGAAUUUCUAAACUAUAAUUGAUAAACAUAACGGCAAGUCACAAUGCAUAAAAUACCACAUAACAUGCAUAACCAUGUAAAAGGGUCAAAAUGAGAAACAAAGACAUACAACUUUUUAAAUCGUUUCUUAAAAAAUAUCCCCAAACUCCUAUCUUCCCAGUUGCUCAUCAAAGUCAUGGUCUGGGAAAGGCUCCUAGGGUUGGAGUGUGGUCCAUUGCCUGAUGGACAGCAGAAAGUCUCUCUCUCUCCUCACAGUUCUCCCACAGUUCUUUAUCAUUACAGAAGGUGCCAAAUUUGGUGGUCUAUAGGUGGGGUGGGGUGGGGAAGCUGGUGCCCUUCAGAUAUUCAGGGACUCCCAACUCACAUCAUCCCCAGCAAGCAUCAUUGGUAGCAGGAAUGAUGUCAACGUCUAGCAGUUUCUGGAGAGGCCUAGCAGAUGGGCACCAGCGGAAAGCAUUUUAAAUGGGAAGUCUCAAGGAGGAGGCCCCAUUUGUUUUGGUAUUCUUCUAGCUUGUGAAGACACCUCUUUGCUCACACAGUCCUUUGCUGUCGCCACCUGUCUUCCACUUUAAUUGAUGUGUUCUUUUAAUACUACUACUACUACUACUACUAAUAAUAAUAAUAAUAAUUUAUUUAUACCCCACCCAUCUGGCUGGGUUUCCCCAGCCACUCUUAAUGGGGUUGUUUAAUGGUGUAUUUCAAUUAUUGCUCUUUGAAUCUUAAGGAUCACGUCACUGGUUUUUAUACAUAAACUGCUUGGAAGCAUCACUGGGCAUUAACAAACCUUUUAUUUUAUUUUAAGUAGCUUAGCACAUAGGAUAAAGCUGCAGUUACUUCAUUUUGGGGUUCGAUUCCAUUGAGAAAUGUGGAUACUUGGCACGUAAGGUUUAAACCCAUUUUGCUUUUCCACAGUAACGAUGGGGCACAGUCAGACGAUGAGGACAAAAUGCAGCCACAGCAAAGUGAUACAGAUGGAGGACGCUUGAAGCAGAAGACGUAAGGCCACAACUAACUUCUUAUGGGGUUGGGUGGGUUUUAAAAUUUUUGUUUUUAUUAUACAGUCCCAUUGCAUUUUCCUACUUUACUUUUAUUUGUUUUUAUGGAGCAGCAGGGUCUAAAUAUUAAACUAAAAGUAGCAAAAAAACAAAUGGAUGUUUGUAUUUCAAAUCGUGGCCCUAUUACAAAUCGUGUGUGCCAUCUCCUAAAUGGAUUUGCUAUCUGACAUGUUUGCUCAUGGCAACUUUCUUCUCUCUCUCUCCCUCCACCCCCAGGACUCAGCUGAAGAAGUUCUUGGGCAAAUCAGUCAAGAGGGCAAGGCACCUGGCUGAGGAAUAUGGAGAGCGGGCCGUCAACAAAGUCAAGAGUGUUCGAGAUGAAGGUUGGAGAAAGAUGGAUCUUUUGGGGUUGGGAAACAUCAAAUGGGCAAUAUACCCAGAAAGAAGGGGGGGCAUUUCAUUCAUUACCCUUAUUGUGAUUGGGGUUUGUGAUUCAGAUCUUGCCUUCCACUUUCUGACCAAGACUAGGUUCACAUCAUACAUUUAAAGCAGUUUGAUAUCACUUAAAACAGUCAUGGAUUCCUCCAAAGAAUCCUGGGAGCUGUAGUUCGUUAAGCACAGUGGGACCUUGUAGGAGACCCCCCAUUCCUUUCACAGAGCUCCGAUUCUCAGAGUAGCCUAGCAAUCUAUCCCUCUUCCCAGGGAACUUGUGAGAAUUGUGGCUCUGGGAGAGGGAAUAGAGGUCUCACAGCAUCCUUAACAAACCAUUCUUCCCAGGAUUCUCUGGGGGAAGUAAUGAUUGUUUAAAGUGGUAUCAUGGUGCUUUAAAUGUUUGGUGUGACUGUGGCCCAGGUUGCUGGUUCCCAGCAUCAGUCCCUCCCCUCCGCUGCAAUAUAAAGCAGACACUAAAUGCGGGGCAGGUGCUGUUGCUCAGAGAUGGAACACCUGCUUCACAUGCAGAAGGCUCCAGGUUCAGUUCCCAGUGGCAUCUCCAGUUUUGUUUUUGGUUUUUUUAAGGAUCAAGUUUCAGCUGAUGGGAAGGAGGCCAGCCCAUCAGAGGAGACAGCCCUGAGCUAAAUGAGUCAGUCGCCUGACUCUGCAUGGGGCAGCUGUCUGUAUAUCUGCAAUCUCAGUUAGUGGAGCUGGGAAAAGGACUCCUGCCUGAAACCCCAGAGAGCUGCUGCUGUUCAAUGCAGACAGUACUAGGCAAGAAGGACCACUGGCCUGACUUGGCAUAAGUCAGCUUUGUUUGUCCAUAUGUAAAUUUCUACGUCCAUUUGACAUAAUUCUACAUUUAAAUACAUACAACACAUGCACAGGGUUCAAGGUUCUCCAGGUAGGGCUGGGAGAGACUCCUGUCUUAAGACUCGGGAGAGCUGCUGCCAGGAAGUGUAGACAAGACUAAGCUAGAUAGACCAAUAAUGACCUGAUUCCAUAUAGUGGAGUUUCCUAUGUUCCAAACGCACUAUCUAUCUGUCUCUCUGUCUAUAUCCACUGCUGUUGCCUCAUUUGCUUUGAGCUGGUUGGAGCUUUGCAGAAGGUAAUAGGCUUUGAUUCCAGGCACUCGUUUUCUUCCUAGUAUUCCACACUGAUCAAGAUGACCCAUCCUCAAGCGAUGAUGAAGGCAUGCCAUAUACCAGGCCAGUGAAAUUCAAGGCGGCGCAUGGCUUCAAGGGGCCGUUUGAUUUUGAGCAAAUUAAAGUUGUCCAGGAUCUCAGUGGAGAGCAUAUGGUAGGUUGCGGUUUUUGCUUCCACUCACAAACCAUUCCGCUCCCACCUGGCGGCAUCAAUCUGCCAUUGGGAUCCCACAGAAGCCAUUAAAUUCCUCAUUAGGCUUUCAGGAAUCUCUGGAAGAGAAAAUGGCAGAGAAACAGUGAAUGACUCGUACCAGAAGGAAAGAAACAGGUUGGAAUAUGCCUAGGCAAAAUACCGGGAAUAUACUAGGCACCCCUCCCCCCGAAGAACAUUAUAAAUACCAUAUUUUUCGCCCCAUAGGACGCACCUAGAUUUUGGGGGGGGGGGGGGAAUAAAGAAAAAAAAAUCCCCCCCAGGCGCGGGGCUAGCGUGGGGUAAGCCCGAGCUUCCCCCGACCCCAGCCCCCAGAACAGCCUGCCGCCCGCAAGCCUUGCGCGCCCGGCGGGACCUCCCACCGGGCGCACGAGGCUUGCGGACAUCUGCCCGAAGCAUGGGGCGUGCUCCGCAGCGCGCCCCGUGCUUCGGGCUGCAGGCUGCCGCCCCAAGCCUUGCAUGCCCAGCGGAACCUCCCACCGGGCGCGCAAGGCUUGCGGAUAGCUUCCUGAAGCCUGGAGAGCGAGAGGCGUCGGUGCGCACCGAUGCCUCUCGCUCUCCAGGCUUCAGUGAAAGCCUGCAUUCACCCCAUAGGACGCACACACAUUUCCCCUUCAUUUUUGGAGGGGAAAAAGUGCAUCCUAUAGGGCGAAAAAUACGGUAAGCAAUAAGUACUACAAUCUUGCAGUAGAAGAGCAUUAACUCCUGUAUCAAGAUAAGACUAACAUGGAGCAGAAUGAACACCUAGGACAAAAUUUACUCUUGAGGAGGUCUAGCAGGCCCUUGCUCUUGUAAUGGGCAUUUUUGUACUAGUGGAUGGCUGGGGAAGGGGGGCCACAAGGGGGGGGGAAAUACCACCUCAAGAGCACUGGGUUACAGGUACCAAAAACUGCUAACUCAGGCUUCCUCAACCUCAGCCCUCCGUACGUUUUUGGCCUGCAACUCCCAUGAUCCCUAGCUAGCAGGACCAGUGGUCAGGGUUGAUGGGAAUUGUAGUCUCAAAACAACUGGAGGGCUGAGGUUGAGGAAGCCUGUGCUAACUUAAAACUUCCUUCAAAGCAACAUUAAGAAAUUGCUGGGUUAUAAUGGGCUGCAGUUAGCUUAGGCAUUGGUUAUUUUGACUUUCACAUUCAUUUUGACAAGGGUAAAUUAGAUUCCUGUGGUACCCUAAAAAGUGAUUUUUAAAAUGAAUUGAAAGGCAGGGAAGAUACCGCAGGACACCAUGACCCAGGAACUCAUUAGGAGAACGUGUAGUAUGAAGUGGUUUAGGUGCACCAAAGACUUCUUUAAAAAUAAUCCGAACCAUAUAACAGCUGCUGUUGCCUGCAGCAAUUCCUCUGAUGUGGGAAGGUUAAGUACACUAGUGGAGCGGGGGGCUUGCAGGGCGGGGUGGCACAACAAGGAUGGAGAGUGUGGCUCUUUUGAGGCGGGCAGUAGAGUUAGGUCGGCUGUGCCUGACUAAACUAAUUAAUUGUUAUUGUUUAUCUGUUGUUAAUAUUUUUGCAAACCACCUUGGAAUUUGAGGAAGGGUGAUAUAUAAAUAUUUUAUAUAAACAAAUAAGAUUGUCAUAGUCAGGUCAGGCUUAUUAUUAAUAUUCCACUUUUCGAAAUACAGUGGGACCUCAGGUUAAGAACUUAAUUUGUUCUGGAGGUCCUUUCUUAACCUGAAACUGUUCUUAACCUGAGGUACCACUUUAGCUAAUGGGGCCUCCCUCCACCACCUCACGAUUUCUGUUCUCAUCCUGAAGCAAAGUUCUUAACCCAAGGUACUAUUUCUGGGUUAGUGGAGUCUGUAACCUGAAGCGUCUGUAACCUGAGGUACGACUAUACCAUUCAAAGCAUCUUAUUAUAAGUUAUAUAAAAAUAAAAAAUUGAACUGUGUUGUGUUUUUUUAAGCAGCCACUAAAAUUCAUUCACAAGAGACACUCCUCUCACUUAUUUUACUCCCUAAUGUCCUGUUUGUACACCUGUGGGAGUGGGGUCUGUGUUGUAUGCUAAUCUCUGCACCUCUCCGUGUGUCAGGCCAGGAUUGAGAAAGCCCUGGUAGAUAUCCUCACUGAGCCAUGCAGCUUGUUAGAUGAUGUUAGCUGGUCACACAGAUGCACACUCAGCCCAGCAUACUUCAUAGGGCUGUUGGGGGGCGGGGGCGGUGAACCCAUAUGCAUCACAGGGGAGCUUUUGGAUGAAAGGCAGGUUAACAAUUAAAUAAUGGGCAUUUUAACACUCUUUGUAUGUGACCAGUCUCUGGUUUGAAGCAUGGACCUGAUGGUAGAAGUGCCAGUGUUCCUAGCCUGACAGGUGUUGCUUUUCUCAACAGGGCGCCGUUUGGACAAUGAAGUUCUCACACUGUGGCCGUUUGCUUGCGUCAGCGGGUCAGGACAAUGUGGUGAGGAUCUGGGUGCUGAAGAAUGCUUUCGACUACUUCAAUAACAUGCGGAUGAAGUACAACACAGAAGGUACAGCCUGCUCCUUCCUUGGAAGGUAGAAAGCCAAGUAAACAAUUGCUUGUUUGAAAGGAAGCUGUAAUCCCCCCCCCCCCCCGUUGUGUUUCAGGUCGCGUGUCUCCCUCCCCAUCUCAAGAGAGUUUGAAUUCUUCAAAGUCAGAUAACGAUAUGGGGGUAAGUUGGACCUUGGUUUUUUUGUUUGUUUUUUACCAUUAAAUAAUUGAUAUUUUUAUUUAAGGGGAAGAACCAAGAAAAACGACGGGAAAAACAUUUUCCUGCCACACACAAAUAAUGCAAACAGACAUGUUAAACAGCUCAUCAUCUCAAAAGAGAAUACAGUUAUUCUCUAGAAUGCAUGAUCACUCUUAUGUUCAGGGCAAGUUUCUAUUUUGGAAGUUCUAAAGUAAUAAAGAAGAUUGGCAAUAUGAGCUGUGGUCCAUGUUAUCUUCUAUAAGACAAGUAUACUGAAAUAUGUCCUCAGGGGGUCUGACACAAUAGUCCAGUAGUUUCCCAUGACUUACGGACCCUUCCCCUUCCACUCCAUCACCCUGUGGUUUGCUCUUUGGAGGCCUUGACUGUAAGGGGCACAGGUCUCCUGGUUUAAAUCUCAUUCAGGCACAAAUGCUCUGAUGGUGUUUCCUGCUUGGCAGGGGGUUGGACUCGAUGGCCCUUGUGGUCUCUUCCAACUCUAUGAUUCUAUGAUUCUGUGAAAUUCACCAGAGGUAGAAACCAUUCAACAUGGGAGGGAGGGGUUGUAGAAUACCCAGAGCUAACUUGAUAGUAGGUUAUUAAGGACAUCACAUCUUUCUCCUGACAUCUGCGUAAUUAACGCUGCUUUCUUAGCAUGACUUUGGAUUUGAAUGCUGGAGGUAAUUAAGUGCUCCACUUGCUGUCUGAGUUUCCUAACCUAACAAUUACCUUCCACAAGCUUAUUUAAAGGUAAGGCUGAUAGUGCACAUUAUCUCACUGAAGAGAUACAGCAGGCAAGGAGGAAAAGCAGGGAUGCAAAAGCUUGCAGCAAGAGUGUAGAGAGAGCUCCAUUCUGCAUGCAGAGUCACUGGGCUUGCUUUCUUGAUAAGUACAUAUCUACAUCUGGGCAACCUGUCUCCAGUGUUGUCAGAAUUUUCCCAAGCAUUUUUCAUGUUGUGGCAGAGGACAGUGACUAGUCCAAAAUCAUCACUCCACCUGCCUUUUAUUUAAAGCAAGUUCCUAGUCCUCACUGUUUGCAGGGAUAGAGGUUUUAAAAACAUGCUGGCAUUCACUUCCCCAAUUCAGGAACAGGAGCUGUAGUGUGCUAAUGGAGCUCCAGAACACCUUUCCUUUCAGUGGGAAUGUAACUCCUGCUAUUGACAGGAUCCCUAAUUGCGGAUUCUCAAUGCACUUGGGACUCUCUGUUCCUCCUGCGUCUCACAGUUCUUGUAUAUCUGUUUGUUAGGUUUGCAGUGGGGCCGAUGAGGACCCUGAUGAUAAAAACACACCAUUUCGCCAGCGGCCAUUCUGCAAAUACAAAGGUCACACAGCAGAUCUCCUGGACUUGUCCUGGUCUAAAGUAAGACAUCCUGGACUUCUCAUAAAUAGGAGCAGCAAUAUAUUGCUUGUUUUCAAGUUGUGUUUAGGUUUUUCCAGGGUUUCAAAGAGGAUCCGUUUCCAGGGCUACCUGGAAAUGCUGGAGGUUGAACCUGGUACCUUCAAAUCACGUGCUCUGCCACUGAGCUGUGGUCCACCUGGGAUCAUUCCACAAUGGGACAGUACAGUGGAUAAGGCACCUAACUUUAUAGGACAGGAGGGUGCAGCCAGAGAAGCAGACCUUACGUCGGCCUUCCCCAACCUGGUGCCCUCCAGAUGCUUUGGCCUGCAGCUCCCUUAGCCCCCCAACCAGUGUGGCCAAUAAUCAAAGCUGAUGGGGGUUGUAGUUCAGUAUGCCUGGAGGGCUCCAGGUUGGGGGAAGCAGCCUUAAGGAGAAGAAAUACCAGCCCAUCACUUUAUUGUACUUUAAGACCACAACUUACGCACGUGGCAAAAAAGGAGGGGUUCUGGGGAAAAUGACAUUGGCAUUGGCUUUUGAUGAUAGGCAAUUUUGGCUUCAGUUGCGAUCCACAGAACAUAAGUUGCAGGCUUAUUCUAGUGAUAACAAUUUCCCAUCCACAUCGUGAGAAACAGUGAAAUCAGUUUUUCAUGUCCUUGUUUUUUUCUUAAUUUUUCAUAGACAUCUGAAGGCAGCCCUGUUUUGGCAAGCUUUUAAUGUUUGAUGUUUUGUUGUGUUCCUUUAUAUUUCAUUGGAAGAUGCCCAGAGUGGCUGGGGCAACCCACUCAAAUGGGUCGGGUACAAGAAAUAAAUCAUCAUCAUCAUCAUUAUCAUCAUAUAGUUUAUCUGCCCAGAUAGGGGUACAUUGCUGUUCUCUCCAUGGGCCAGUAAUACACCCACUCCGCAGCUGUCGGCCAUGAUGAAAGAUCAGGAAAGGCAGACAAACUCUUUCCACCAUUCCUGAUCUCCUGGAGGAACCUCUCUGGUCCUGUAACCAGAGUUUGUUUGCCGCUGCUGCACUUACUAGUUGAGGUGAACUCGCAUCAUUAGCACGCAUGAAGGCUUACUCUUUUCCCCAAUCCCUUUUUGCUGAACUGCAAGCAAUGAGAGAGAUCUCUUCCAUGCCGAAUAGAUGAAACUUAACAGUAGAUUGCAUCAGGGCUCUGCACUCUCUUUAUAUUUUAUACGUCUCAGAAAUAAUGCAUGCCAUUUUGAUCCCCCCAGAAUUACUUUCUACUCUCUUCUUCUAUGGAUAAGACAGUCAGGCUCUGGCACAUAUCCAGGCGGGAGUGCCUCUGCUGUUUCCAGCACAUUGACUUCGUCACUGCUAUAGCCUUCCAUCCACGGGUAAGGGAGAUGGCCUCGUUUCUAACCCAGUUUUGAAUUUUAAAUAUGAAUAGAGGAUUGAGUUUGUGUGUCAAGCUGGAAGUUGUGGAGAGGAAAGGGGGCCAGGAUGAUAAGGUGUUUGCAAUAGGCUUUAUUAAGCACUAAAACUAGCACCAUAGACGAUAAAACACACUUCAGAAAUACAUUCCAAACCACACUGUGCCACCAGGAUAAACACGGACAUCCCUGCACACCCCACCCUCUCUCUCCAUGCUCUGUACAAUCCUACCCCCUCUCCACAGCCUCACCAUAACUGUCUCAAGGAUGGGCCCUCCCUCUCCCCACCCACCCCUGUGGAGCCUAUCAUGCUGUGUCCCUGCAGGUCAGUCCACUAAAACCAUGCACUAAAACCAGGCCCAUCUCCACCCUACCCCCCAAAGUCCAUCGUGGACACUGGUGCUGCUGUUGCCUCCUCUCCCUCCUCUGUGGGCUUGCACAAAACCUCCAGCGUCUCCCCAGUCGUCUCCACCACCUCCUCUUUCCUGUGAAGCAGCACCUCCUGAUUGCCAGCUCAACCUCUCCCAUGUGCAAGUGUCCGAGGAAAUGAAAGAAGAAAGAAACAGAUCAGAGGCUGGGGGUCAUCAGGUAUCCCCUCCUGCUCCCCUCUUUUCCCCAGGCUCCAUGGAAAUCUAAAACCCACUGGAACCACGCGGCGCCCAGUCACCACACACCAAGGCAGCCUCAGAGCUUCAGCCAGGGUCUCUUCCCCCUGCCACCUCUGGUUGGACACCUUUUGCCUUGAGGUCUGGCAGCACUGUUGCUCCUUCUGUGCUUCCUGGACCCGAGCACUGACGCCUCUGCUUCCCAUUUCUUCUGCCGCUCCUCUUGACCCAUAACUUGCUCUGGUUGCAGCUGCUGUUGCUGCUUCUCUGCAUUCCUCCUCCUCCUAGUGACCCCCCCCCCAACUUACCAGCUGCAGGGUCUCCUGGAGCAUCCCACUCCCCCUUCAGCUCCACUUUCCUCCUCACAGGCGAACCUACACACCAACUGCAGCACCAGCUGGGACUUCUGGACCACCCUUGUCUGCACUUCUUGGGUGAGCUGCAGAUGUGCAGGAAAUACCGCAGUAUUUAGGCCCUGCGCUGUGCUGCAGUUUCUGGCAAGAGGCAUCCUCCUCAGUCUGCCUCUUGUCACUCCUAGCUUGCCCUUUCUUCAUUGGAACGGUGUUCUCCUUCCCUCUCUUACUGCACUUUCAAUGGACAACCUGGAAGCUAUCCUCUUCUCCAUGCUUCCUGCUCUUUGUUUAGCCUGGAGAAGAGAACACAGAGAGGUGAUAAGAUAGCCAUCUUCAAUUAUCUGAAGGGCUGUCUUAUGGAAGAUGGAGCAAGCUUGUUUUCUGCUGCUCCAGAGGGCAGGACCCAAACCAAUGGAUUCAAAUGCCAAGGAAGGAGAUUCCUGCUGGAACAUCAGGAGGAACUUUCUGAUGGUAAGAUGUAUUCAACAGUGGAACGGACUACCUCACAAGGCGGUGGGCUCUCCUUCAUUGGAGGUUUGUAAGCAGAGGUUGGAUGGGCAUCUGUCAGACAUCAUUUAUCUGUCAUUUCUGAAUUGCAGGGGGUUGGACUGGAUGACCCUUGGUGUUCCUUCCAACUCUACAAUUCUGUGCUUCUAUGAGUAAGGGUACAUGAAAGAGUUAUCAAGAUACACAUUGUACCUAUCUUAAGAUGGUGCCUGUGGGACCUACCAACCUCAGUUUGCAUGUUUGAGAAUGUGUGAUGUACAACAAGCCCAUGAAUUUGCACUCAUGCAGACACCAAAGUUUACCUGAAUGUCAGGAAUGGUGAGAUUCUAAUAGAGCAAAGUUGGCCCUGUACCUGUGUGUCCAUUUCCAGUGGGGUGAAGACAACAUAUUAGAAGGCCUCAAAGAAGUUGCCACCAAUAACACAUUUCUUGUGGCAUCUAUCCUCUUUUAGGAUGACAGAUACUUCUUAAGUGGCUCGCUGGAUGGAAAGCUGCGACUUUGGAACAUUCCUGACAAAAAAGUGGCCCUCUGGAAUGAAGUGGAUGGGCAGACCAAGCUGAUCACAGCAGCCAACUUUUGCCAGAAUGGCAAAUACGCUGUUAUUGGCACCUAUGAUGGCCGGUGUAUCUUCUACGACACAGAGGUAAGCCCUGCUAUCACAAUUGAUGCCACCUGGUUCAUUCAAGGGAGACAACCAGUAAGUAGGAUUGUUGCUGUGGUUCAAAACAUUCAGAAAGAAGCCCCAUUUUAUGGAACUAAUAGUGUCUCAAGUACCCACUGCCAACACCAACUGUUUUCCCUUGAGCUGCUUCCGGGUUCCAAUCCAGUUUUGGCCACUUCAGGAUGCAGAGCAGAGCUCGGUGAACCCUGUGUAUAUUCCAAUGAAUUUCUUCUUGUUUUAUUUCUCUUUAGCACUUAAAGUACCAUACACAGAUCCACGUGCGGUCAACUAGAGGGCGGAAUCGAGUUGGGAGGAAAAUCACUGGAAUUGAGCCACUGCCAGGAGAAAACAAGGUAGCUCCUCUUACUUUGAAGACACUUGCACUCUUUGGUCAUUGUGUACAAUUCCACAAGUCCAUUUAAUGUUACCUACAUUGCAUAGUUUCACAAACCUGGAGUGAUGGUGUGGAAGCCGCAGCUAGUCCAGAGUGCAGCCUCCAGAGUUGCACCUGGUGCUUCCAUUUGAACCCAUGUAACACAGCCCUGCACGAACAAUGCUGACUGCUGUUUUGCUUCUGGGCCCAAUGCAUGGUUUUGUUGCAAACUUAGAAAGCCCUGAAUGACUGCCAGUUCCCAUGCCUUGAGAUCUGCUGGGCUGGCCCUCCUUUGUGAUCCUACUGCCAAGCUGUGUGUGCAGUGGCGCAUGGAAGUGCCUGCUCAGUUGGUGUGCCCAUCUGUGUAGAUGUAUAGCUGGCAACUUUGUUUUCUGAAUUUUUGUGGAUGAGCUUUCAGAAGGUGCACAUAUUAAACCAGGUCUAUGGUGCACAAUGAUGCUGUCUGUCCUAUGAUCUUUGUUUUCGAAAAUGUGUUUUUAAUGUUUGCAUUGAUAAUGUUGUUACAGUAUUACAGUAACAAAUGAAAUAAAAAAUAUACCGUAUUUUUCGUUCUAUAGGACGCACAUUUUCCCCUCCAAAAAUUAAGGGGAAUUGUGUGUGCGUCCUAUAGAGCGAAUGCAGGCUGCGCCGCUGAGCCCAAAGCCAGAACAGGAAGACGGAGCACUGCAGAGCGCUCCGUCUCGCUGCUCUAGCUUGGGGACGGCUGCGCACAAACCUCUGCAGGGCAGCGGGGUGCCUUCGCCCCGCUGUCCUGCAGAAGCUAGCAAGGCUGUUCCCAAGCCAGAACAGAGAGACGGGGGGCUCCGUCUCGCUGUUCUGGCUUGGGAACGGCUGCGCGCAAACCUGUGCAGGGCAGCGGGGCGCUGCGCUCCAAAGGCUUCAGGGAUCUUUGAGGCUGGCGGUGGGGGAAAGCAGCGCUUCCCCCCACCGCCAGCCCCACAAGCUCUGGUGAAUGUACCUUGAACGCACCUUGUUUUAGAGGGGGAGAACAAGAAAAAAAAAUUCCCUGUUCUCCCCCUCCUAUGGUCCGGUGCGUCCAAUGGUCCGGUGCAUCCAAUGGAGCGAAAAAUACGGUAAUACAGCAUGCACAAACCAACAAUUAACAAUUAAUUUACCAUAUGUCAACAUUACAGUGAGCAUGAACUGAAAAGUAGUGCCAAAGCUGAUGGUAGUAUGUAGCAACCCCCACCCCCCACUCUUUGUGCCUCAACUCAAAAGGCUGGAAGGAGAUUCAGAGGCCGGCUAAUGCUCAGGGUGUCAACCCACGGAAGAAGCCCUUCUGUUUCUCCAAUGAGAAGAUUUAGAAACUGUCUCAACUUUGGUUCUGCUCAGCAAGCUAGAUCAGUAAUGGAGAGCAUUUAAGCAUGUACAGAGUGCUCUUCCCUCACUGCCAGCAGAUCCCACACAUUUUCCACUUGGUGGAAAAAUGCUUCUGUGGGAACAGAGUUUGACAUCUGGAUAGGUCUGAGCUCUGGUCAUUUCUGAAGCUCAGUACAGAAAUGGCAGGCCAGUCUAGCUUCUACUUCUCAACUCAUUCCGCUGAUGGAUUUUUUUUUUUACUUUUCUUGCCAGAUCCUGGUGACGUCAAACGACUCCCGAAUCCGACUCUAUGACCUGAGAGAUUUGUCUCUGUCUAUGAAAUACAAGGGCUAUGUCAACAGCAGCAGCCAGAUCAAAGCCAGCUUCAGGUAAAGAAAGAAAUGGCUCAUAGCCAGGACUUCCUAGACUCCCUCCCCCCUGCAACCCUUUCUGGGAAGAAGAACGCAGUGCACGCCUUGACUUCAUCAUGCAGAUUUAAGUUGCUCUUUGCAUAUUUGUAGAGAUAGAUGAACAUACAUGAACAGACCAGGUUUUCUGCUUCUGAAAUUAAGUGUUUCAGAAAUUUUGUUUUUUGUGUGCUUUUCGUGGUCUCUUCUGUAGUGUAGCAGAUGGAAUCUGAAGCUAGCACUGGGGAGAUCUGGGUUGAAAUAUCCACUAGUCAAGACAUGGACCUUGAACCAGUCACCAUCUUCCAACUCAUCAAACCCAAAGGGUAGCUAAGGUCAUUAUGGGAUAUGGGAGGAGAGAACCCUGUGCACCCCCCUGAGCUCUUGGCAGAAUAAGAAAGUAAUAAACAAAGUAACAUUGACACACAGCGUACCCUUUGACUUUGUUUUAAGCCAUGAAUUUCCUGUCUUGUGGGAGGAAGCAAUGGGAACAAGAAAAGAUGAACUGAAAGUAAUUGGGAAUUGUUUUUCUUCUCUCAUUCCUCAGCCACGACUUCACAUACAUCGUGAGUGGUUCUGAAGAUAAAUACGUUUACAUCUGGAGCACCUACCAUGAUUUAAGCAAGUUUACUUCCGUCAGGAGGGACCGCAACGACUUCUGGGAGGGUGUCAAAGGUGAAGCCCCACUGCCACCUCAGUGUUUGAGCUGAAGCUGCUGCCUUUCAGUUGCAAGACCUUUAAUUUAAGCCAUGCAUGUGGUGGGGACUUAUGUAUCCCAAGGGAAAAGCUGGCCCCCUGUGAGUGACCGAGUGCUUGUGUCCCAAGAAUGGCCAGCCUCUUGUUGAUGGGUUCUGACCUCAGUGCUAGUCAGAUGGCCUCCCAGAAUGCUUUGGGCCUCUGUGCAGAUCCAGCCUCCUCCCUUUCCCUCUCCAGCAGUGUAACCAGUUAAGCCCACUGGAACAAUCCAGUUAAGGAUGGAGCUGUUUGGGAUAAAUGAAAAUGGGGCAACAUAGUCGCUGAACAGGAAGAGCAGAGCCAAAAGGGGUGCCCCUGCAGUACAUCUGCAAAAACCUCUUGCUUGCUGCCCAGCCGUACAAACGUACUUAUGUAAAAAGCGAUCUGAUCCGCAUGUCUCAGAAAGGUGGUAGAGCAGACUGCAACAGGUAUGGAGGUUGACAUUUCAGAAGCUCCCCACUCUUCUGCAUUUUAAAACAAAACAAAAUCCCCCACCCCCCCCCCGUUUAGAAAUGUAGCGCAGUCCUCUUCCCUGCUGCUCUUCACAAAUCUUGUAUAAACCUGAGCUGGGGAACUUUGCGCCCUCCAGAUGCUGCUGGGGUACCACUUGCAUCCUCUGACUGGGGCUGAUGGGAGCUGGAGUCCAACAGCAUUUCGAGGGCGACUGGUGCCCCCCCUCGCCCUUAUAAGAAAACACUGCCUGCCUGGGAGUGUUAUAGAUCCUGAAGUGGCUAGAAGAAGUCUUCUCCAAAUAUGAAUGGCUGAUGACAAAACCACACCACUUAUUCUUCCCCUGUGAAGCACUUAGCUUGAUUAGGGCUUCUUGUGCUAUUCAAAGGAGUGGGUUUAAGUCUUGGCACAGUUGUUUUCUAUCGAAUCCAAUUUUGGUAACAGCAUACUCUACGCGAUCAGGAAGGCUACGUGCAUGGUACAGUCCUCUGUAGGACUAGACUAUCCUAGGAUGGGGUGGUGGUGCUUGUGAAGGCAUCCAGGCAGUAGGUGAAAAGGUUAAGGGUGACCAGGAGCUUAUGAGGCAUGAACCAUGUUCCCUUCUGGCAUCUUUGAAUUGGCUCUUAUGUGGUCUCUGGGUUGGGCAGAUGGUUAGCUGUCCUGGGUGAAUUGAGUAGCGCCUGGCAGACCUGUGAAUUGCGACUGAACACAUUCCAUGUCAGUAACAAAAAAGGUCGCAAGAGUGUGUUCGAGGAUCAGAAGCAAACCAGGUUUUUGUGUGAGUAUUCAUGUAGUGUAUUCCCCCUGUUCUGACCAAUUCCUUGUGAGUGAAUUGGAGCUUUAAAUACUUCCUAUCAGAGCCAUCCCUAAAAAUCACCAUUGCAUCUGCCAGUUACCUACAAUUAACCUCCAUACUCCAAGGAACUCCUUGUUUUCCCUGCGUUUUUUUCCAAAGGGUGGGUCCUGAUUGCUUUUCUUCUCUUUGUAGCACAUAACGCAGUGGUCACAUCUGCCAUUUUUGCCCCAAAUCCCAGCUUGAUGGUAUCAUUGGAUACACCUGAAAAGCAGGAGCCUGAAAACAAAAAUGAAGAUUCUGAAUCAACUGAUCCCAUUCCUUCUGGUAGGUGCCCUAUCACCUCGGGGUGAGGUUUUGAGAACUAAUGCACUCUGUGGCAGGCCCUGGGUCACCCUUAACCUUGAGCAGGGAAAUGCUCUUGAAGUAGCGCAUCCAUUAGGUAGGUAAUCCCAACUGAAAUGUGUUUGAUUUCACCUAUAAGCUACUUCAGAGAGCUCAGUGUUGUGUGAAUACUAGGACUGAAUAAGAUGAGAAGGGAGAACAGGAGUCAAUGGGAAAUGAAGGAUUCUAAAUUGAACUUAGUGGAUUUCUCUUGCUCCUGGGGAUUUCAAGCAGCUCCUUUUGAGUCCUGAGAGGGCUGCUCUCUCUCCCUGCCUCCCCUGUUCUGUUAUCCUGAGUGAUUUCUCCUCUCCCACACUGCACAAGUAACUUCUCCAUCUGUUAAACAAUGGGAAGGUGAAUGAUGAGUGAAGGACUAGAAGACCCUUGAAAAGAUGUCAGUGGAGGGCUGUAAAUGAUGCUUCUGUGCUGUUGAGCAGAUGACAUAAGUCAUGCUUAUUUCUAGGGAAUUGCUUUCAACUCUGCUUUCAACCAUCAAGGAAGGGACACAGUGCUUGGGCUUUUUCCACGAUUACCUCUUGAGUAUGAAGGCCAGGUGCUGGGCUGCCUAAUACUGGAGAAGACAGUCUUCCAAUCUGUCCAUCAGUUUUGGGAGGCUGCCCUUGGGGCUUCGGCAGAUGACUGUUGGAGUGGUGACAUCUAGACGCUGGAUUGCCCACUCUCAGCCUGAUGACCUUCGUUGUUCUGUUUCAGACACAGGAGUAGUCCAUUGUGUUCUCUUGGAGCCUUAACUGGAUUUGGCCUUCCAGGCUGCUUCCAGUUGCCCCCUUUUAAUUGGAGUUUAGAUUUAUUCUUAGUGUGUGUGUGUGUGUGUGUGUGUGUGUGUGUGUGUGUUUUAUAGCUUUUAUUGUGUGCUUUUAUUUUACCAGCUGCCUUGAGGCAUAUGCAGAAAGCAGGGUUAAGUGAACGACUUGUGUUUUCCUAGUCUCUGAUGAAUGUGGCCUAUCUUGUGCAGUGCUGUCUACUCUGGCUGGCAGUAGCUCUCCAGGGUCUUUCCCAUCACCCAUUGCAGAUGCCAGGGAUGGGAUGUUGGACCCCUGUGCAUGCAGAGCUGAGCUUCCCUCCCCUAACCUGUUUGCUGUGUGUUACCUCAUGCCUGGUGCCAUUUCCUAAACCAGCUUCUUCUGCCCUUUUAAGGAGCUUUGAAGACAGAUCACACAGAAGUGCUUCUGUCGGCUGACUUUACCGGAGCCAUCAAAGUCUUCAUCAACAAGAAGAAAAACACAUCUUGAAAUCAUUGGUAACUCGACAGCAUCAUGAUGGAUGGUACCUGGGUAUGAAUCAUGUGAUCAGAGAAGCAAAGUAUAAUAUAGAGUUCGAGGGUUGGCUUAUCUUUUGAACUCUCACUUAAAGCUGCUCCAUCAGACCUCCUGGGGAAGCAGCAUCCCAACUAUUAACUCCCCCCGGCUUUUAGAAUAGAAAGAGAGGCCCAUAAAUGACGUGGUCAAAACAGCAACUCAGCGUUGCAUUUCUCUGAAAAAUUAUUUUGCUAAGCAACUGUUCGCCAUGCGCAGGAUUCUGCAUGAAAAGGGCAAUGAGAUAUUCACUUGCCCUUUGGGGGGUGACACAUACCAAACUGAGCUUAACUGAAUAUUUAAUUUAAUUUAUUGGUUCCCAGGGUGGGGUGGGGUGGGGAUUUUUAUUUUUAUUAUUUGCAAAGAUGUCAUGCAGUCUCUCUCUCCAGAUUCCUGUUUCCAGCAAAGCUGAUCUAUUUCUAAAUCUGUGUUAACAAAGCUGAAUUUGUGGCCGGAUCCUGUAAUGUUCUGUGAGGUCUUUUCUGCCCUUCCUCCAUCCCUUGGCCUGGGUGGGUUAGCAGCAACCAUGUAUCAAUGUUUUCUAAAGUGGAUUUCUCUUGUCUUCUAAUUGUUGUGCACUCUAGAUUCCUUUCUUAAUAUAUACCCUUUCCUUUCUCUUUCCGUUGCACACUGGAGCACAAUAUUUCUAUGAAAGAGUCUCUCAUUCCUUAUUCAUGGGCACUGGGCUAUGCUCACCUUAAACAAAAAAAUUAAGCUGCAUUAGGAACAAUUCUUGUAUUUUACAACAGUGUAAAAUAAAAUUGUUUACAUAUUUUUUAAAGCAUUGUAGUUUAAAAAAAAUGUUGGUUUUUUGUUUGUUUAAUGCUAACUGAAUUUAAAGGUAUUUGUAAAUAUUCAUAAGAUAUACCAAUGAAAUAACAUUUUGGGGCCUUGCAACCCAUAAAAUGUUGUUGAUGGUUCCUGUUUCAGAGGAGAAAGAAAAGAUGUAUCAUUAAAACUGCACAUGUUGAAAGAGAA